AUGGGAAGACCAAAAGUUACAAAGAAGUCAGCUAAAAUAGGUAAUUAAUAAAUAUAAUGAUGAAUAGCUAAAAAAAAGAUUGCAAAAAAAGGUUCUGGUCCAAGACCAACAAGAACUAUUUAAGCAACAGUUGCUUAAGCUUAAGCUACUACACAACCUAGUGCUGGUUAAAGAAAAUUACCAAGAUAAAAUAGAAGAAAUAAAUAAGCAAAUAGAAAGUCAAAUAAAAAAGCAUAAAAAAAAUGA